ACACCUGCUCCCCGAAAACCUCUGCCGUGGCUUGGCAAUCUCAUCCCGAAGACGACACCCGUUCGCUUGGCGAUUUGAGGUCACCCUCUACAGGCUCGCUCCGCCCUGACAGCUCCACAAGACUUACAGCGCUGCGUCCUAUCCAUUCGGCGUCCAGCCUGCGAUUGCAGAUAGAAAAUUUCUCGUCUUCUUUAUCCCUGCAGGGAAUUCAUAUCAACACCCGUGUACCAUCUUCUACUCGUGUUGCUAGACCAACAAGUAAUCGUUUGAAGCCUGUGUUUAGAAGACAGAAUAGCCUACCGCUUCGCAGGAGCGAUUCGUCCUCAUCUUUUGGUUUGGAUAUUAAAGAACCAUCAUCGAGACCAGGGACUCCUAUCCUUACGCCUCGUACAAUAUUCUCUCACUCUCCAGACGUAAUUUUUGAGUCGACACAGCAUGUCCUCGGAAAAAGCAAUUCGGCUGCCUCUUUGUUCCGUCGACCUUUGAGUGAACAUCAUCGACAAUUCUUGUCUCUUGAAACUGAAGAGGCACCACCCACUUUUGCAGAGGACGAUACUGAUCCAAAAGAGGCUGAUUCAAACGAAGACUCUGGAAAUUCCCUUGAACAUCUUGCCCCUAAUUCAAGCCUGAAGAUCAACGAAAACCAAGAAUCAAGGAGUCCUGACCAAGAAGAAUCAUUGCCCAUCCUCAAAGAAGAAGAUGAGCUUGGAGCCGUCGAAGAGGAGGAAGAAACUGCGUCCGUUGAAGAAGAAGACAUAAUAACAGUGAUUGAAAGGCGAGAGAAGAGAGUGAAUGGCGGAAAACUUUCUUUUUAUCCUGAGUCAGUCGAAGAGCCGGACACAAUCGAGCAAGAAAUCGAUCAAAAUUUGAACGUCGAGCAACAUUCGUUGGAAUCAAAAAUACAUCAAAUAACGUACGUGGAGCCUCCCGGUACCGACAACGACUCACAAUCACCUUUCACGCAGAUUUCCCUCGUGAAUGUUGACACUAGCUUGAGUUUGAAGAACGCUAUCAACGCAGCCAUGGUUGAGGGCAAAGUCGUCUACGCGUCGUCUCAUGAUCCGAACUUCCCUCCCUCAGCCGUGCUGGACGGCAAAUCAGAUACGUAUUGGGUGAGUGGCGGACUGUUCCCACAGCAGCUCGUGAUCUCCAUGCCCGGCCUCGCUACGCUUUCCGGCAUUCAGAUCAGCACCUACAACGUGAAAUCAAUGGUGCUUGAACGAAGUGUGAAGAAUCAGCCGACAGAUUUCCAAGAGGUAACCAACAAAGAGCUGGAACAUAGAGAGGGGAGACUGCAGGAAAGCUCGUUGGUGUCAGAGGCCGUGCCUGCUCAGCAUCUGAGGAUCAUCAUUAAAACAGGUUACGACCACUUCUGCUCUGUGCACCGCGUGCAACUGAGCGGGCAACUGCACGAGCCUCCUGCCUCCAAGACCCCCAAGACCUCCGUCACUGCCGCGCCCUCCGCCUUAUCUGUGCCCUCUAAUGACGUCAUCAAGCCUGAUCUCAGGAAGACCUCCACUGAUAGCUCGUUCAGCCAGCGAAGUCGCACUAAAGCUCCGCCCGCUGAACUAAGCUCAAGUUGGGCCAACGACGGAAUUCAAAACGAAGAUGAAGACGACGAAGAAGAAGAAGAAAUAGAAGUGGAAAAGGAUCCGGACGAAAUACAGAAACUAACAGAACAUGACGAUAGUGAAGAGGAAGUAAUUGACAAUAAUCGCAAUUUGAUAACUCCAUUGAAUUACCAAAUGUCUGAGGCCCCUCCUGUGAACAUGAUGCAGACGUCAGCCCUGCGUAUGGUGCAGGCUGGUCCUGUCACUGUCAGCCAACGGUCCCCGUCACGACGGCCGGGGCCCUUGCAGGUCCAACCGCGGCAGCCUGACGAGUUCAUAUACGGCAUGCCGCUCUCAGAAGAUGAUGACGACUGAUUGGUGAUGAAGAAGAUGAUGACGACUGAUUGAUGAUGAAAAAGAUUAUGACGACUGUUGUUAUCAUCGCUGUGAGUGGUAGCGGUGUAUUUUUUAAGUGUGUUAUGUGGUUUCCUGUAUAAGUUCAGCCUGGGCAGCCUGACGAGUUCAUUUUCGGUGUGCCGGCGUCCAAAGAUGACGACGAUUGAUUGCCCGUUGUUGCCAUGGUGGUAUUGACGUAUAUGUGAGGUGUGUUCCUGCAGUCGUGAGUGGUAGAGGCGUAUUUUUGAGGUGUGUUUCUGCAGUCGUGAGUGGUAGAGGCGUAUUUUUGAGGUGUGUUUCUGCAGUCGUGAGUGGUAGUAACGUAUUUUUUGAGGUGUGUUCCUACAGUCGUGGGUGGUAGUGGCGUAUUUUUGAGGUGUGUUCUAACUGUCGUGAGUGGUAUUGACGUAUAUUUGAGGUGUGUUCCUACAGUCGUGAGUGGUGGUGGCGUAUUUUUGAGGUGUGUUCCUACAGUCGUGGUUGGUAGUGGCGAACUUUUUGAGGUGUGUUCCUACAGUCGUGAGUGGUAGUGGCGUAUUUUUGAGGUGUGUUUUGCAAUUUCAUGUACGAUUGUAACAACAGAUACCGCGACAGGCUCUACCAUCGUGUAUCAAUUAUCACAAAAUGCGAUUUGGAGUUAAAGUUGAUUCUCAUUCUCUGUGUGUGAUGGCACCGUAGUCUAUCAGCCGCGUGGAUUUCACGAUCAGUUAAGUGGUGAUAUUGUAUUCUUAUCGAACACAAAACAGUAUUAAUAAACUCGCAAACAUUUUCAAAUAAUCAAAAUUAAGAUGAAGACUGAGAUUAUUUUCUACUCCUACCAGGAGGAAUACAAGCCGAUUUGCCUUUUUAGAAGCAGAUGGGAACCGGCAUUUGACAUUUUCAGGGAAGUCAGCGGUUAUUUUGAAAUGACUAUCACAGUAUUAACGCAAGUAUUCGUCAUGAUUUCAUUACAAAUGAUAGCUGCUAUCGUUGAGAUAAACUGUGGACAAAUUAUUAGUUUGUUAUACAAUUAUAUGAGAACCCACUUGUUGCAA